CGGGAAGGUUCUGGGCGUGCGCGGUGCAUUGUGGGGGGCCGGGAGCCAGCAGCCGCCGCGAUGAUGCCAACACCGGUUAUCCUGCUGAAGGAGGGCACGGACACCUCGCAGGGCAUCCCGCAGCUGGUCAGCAACAUCAACGCGUGCCAGGUGAUCGCCGAGGCCGUGCGCACCACGCUGGGCCCGCGCGGCAUGGACAAGCUCAUCGUGGACGAUCGGGGCAAAGCCACCAUCUCCAACGACGGGGCCACCAUCCUGAAGCUGCUGGACGUUGUCCAUCCUGCCGCCAAGACCUUGGUGGACAUCGCCAAAUCCCAGGAUGCAGAGGUGGGGGAUGGCACCACGUCCGUGACCCUGCUGGCAGCCGAGUUCCUGAAGCAGGUGAAGCCCUACGUGGAGGAGGGGCUCCAUCCCCAGAUCAUCAUCCGAGCCUUCCGCACGGCCACGCAGCUGGCUGUGAACAAGAUCAAAGACAUCGCUGUCUCUGUCAAGAAGGAGGAUAAAGAUGAGCAGAGGAGUCUCCUGGAAAAGUGUGCAGCCACAGCCCUGAGCUCCAAGCUCAUCUCCCAGAGCAAGGAGUUCUUCUCCAAGAUGGUUGUCGAUGCUGUGAUGAUGUUGGACGACUUGUUGCAGCUCAAGAUGAUUGGGAUAAAGAAGGUGCAAGGAGGAGCUUUGGAAGACUCCCAGCUGGUGGCUGGAGUUGCCUUUAAGAAAACUUUCUCCUACGCUGGGUUUGAGAUGCAGCCCAAGAAGUACCAGUCCCCCAAAAUCGCCCUGCUCAACGUGGAGCUGGAGCUGAAAGCUGAGAAGGACAACGCCGAGGUCAGAGUCAACACGGUGGAGGAUUACCAGGCCAUCGUGGAUGCAGAGUGGAACAUCCUGUACGACAAACUGGACAAAAUCCACAAGUCAGGGGCCAAGGUGGUGCUGUCCAAGCUGCCCAUCGGGGACGUGGCCACCCAGUACUUUGCAGACAGGGACAUGUUCUGUGCCGGCCGCGUCCCGGAGGAGGAUCUCAAGAGGACCAUGAUGGCCUGUGGGGGAUCCAUCCAGACCAGUGUCAAUGCCCUGUCAGAUGAUGUGCUGGGCCACUGUGAGCUCUUUGAGGAGACCCAGAUUGGGGGAGAGAGGUACAACUUCUUCACGGGCUGCCCCAAGGCCAAGACGUGCACCAUCAUCCUGCGCGGGGGCGCCGAGCAGUUCAUGGAGGAGACGGAGCGCUCGCUGCACGAUGCCAUCAUGAUCGUCAGGAGAGCCAUCAAGAAUGACUCGGUGGUGGCCGGUGGCGGGGCCAUCGAGAUGGAGCUGUCCAAGUUCCUUCGGGAUUACUCUCGAACCAUCCCGGGCAAGCAGCAGCUGCUGAUCGGCGCCUACGCCAAGGCCCUGGAGAUCAUCCCGCGGCAGCUCUGCGACAACGCCGGCUUCGACGCCACCAACAUCCUCAACAAGCUGCGAGCCAAGCACGCCCAGGGCGGGAUGUGGUACGGUGUGGAUGUCACCAACGAGGACAUAGCAGACAAUUUCUCGGCGUGUGUGUGGGAGCCGGCGGUGGUGCGCAUCAACGCGCUGACGGCGGCGUCGGAGGCCGCGUGCCUCGUGGUGUCGGUGGACGAGACCAUCCGCAACCCGCGCUCCAGCAGCGAGCCCGCGGCCCGCGCCCGCGCCCGGCCCCACAACCACUGAGGGGCAUCUGUGCAUUAAUUAAACCUCAUU